AUGCCGCUCGGCGCAUCCAUCACCUACGGCAGCGGUUCCACCCACGGCAACGGCUACCGCGACUACCUCCGCAACCUCCUCGUCGCCGACGGCUAUAGCGUGCACAUGGUGGGCUCCGUCCGCGCAGGCAUCAUGGAGAACAACGACAACGAGGGCUGGCCCGGGUUCCGCAUCGACCAAGUCGAGCCCAAGGGCAUCAGCUCGGCGUACCGGUUCCUGCCCAACCUCGUGGUGCUCAACGCCGGCACCAACGACUGCAUCCAGAACCGCGACGUCGCGCGCGCGGGCAACCGCACCCGCCGGCUGCUCGAGCGCCUCUGGCUCGCCAGCCCCGGCAGCACCAUCCUCUUGUCCACGCUGCUCGUCAACGACUCGAAAGAGGGCGCCGAGGACCGCGUGCUCGAGUUUAACGAGCAGAUGCGCUACGUCGCCAAGCAGUGCGAGUGGGAGGGCAAGCGCAUCGUGCUCGUCGACAUGCACGGCGGCGACGGGCCGGGCCUCGAGGACCUCGUCGACGGCACGCAUCCCAACGACGCCGGGUACGAAAAAUGGCCAAGCUCUGGCACCGGGGUGUCAGGAGGCGGUGUCAAGGGUACCUGGAGAGCGUGGCGCAGCAGCGAGUCCAGGCGGUGGGGCUCGAGUCGGCCGCCGCGGUGCCUGCCAUCCUGA